AUGGGGUUGGUAUCUUUGAAGAUCACACUUUUUAAAUGCGAGUGGUACGAUCCUACAGACAAAAAAGGCACUCGAAAGAGCAAGGGUGGCGUUGUCGAUGUUCUUUCCUCAGGAAAAUAUCGUAAAUACGAACCAUUCAUUCUUGCUUCUCAGGCGGACCAAGUUUGUUACAUCCCGUAUCCGUACGUUAGUAAACCAAGAAAGUGCUGGCUAAAUGUUCUUAAAGUUAAUCCAAGGGCAAAUAUUUUGGGGAAUUACAAGGAUAAAGAACCAACUCUUCUUCAACAAGAAAAUGACGACGAUGUGUCGACAACAAACGAAGAUAUCAUAAUAGAUAGUCUGGUGAUCAGAGAACAUCCAACAGAAGAAAUUGAUUUUGAUGUCGGAGAUGCCCAAGGAGAAGAUGAAUUUCAGUGUAACAUAUCAUCUUCGGAUGAAGAUGAAUAUGAUGAGGAUGGGGAUGAGGAUGAAGAUGUAGAUCACACAUACUAA